AAUGAUAUAGGUGAUUUAGGGGUCAUUGUAAAAGUCCAAACACACUUUUCCCUCUUUCUUUCCAUGCACGCCCCUCUCACUGAUGAUCAAAAAUGUAAAUAAUGCUAUGACGUUCACAUUGUGAGCGUCUGGUACCGGGUACCAUCUGCUAUAAGCAUCUCCCUAUUUCAGAAUCCCCUUUUCUCCAUGAGCGAUGAGUAUAAUGUGUCGCAGCGUCGAUCGACAGUAAUGUCAAAGGUCACACAUUGUGCACAACAUCCCGUCGCUGUCAGUUAAGCUGUUUUAUCAUGAAACCAUGGACUAGUAGAACUAUGAAACAACCGCCGCAAAUCAUUUUAUAACAGCACCGAGUGCCUCGACUUAAGGCUACCGUUUUAUGCUCCGAUGCACCGUGUUGCAUUGCCUGCGAAGCGACACGCAGUAUUCGAAUGUUUUCGGAACGAUAUUAUUAUCGACGCACUGACUUUUCUCAACACAAUUUUGUAUUCAUGCAAUAACCAUAGAGCUAUUAACAGAUGUUAUAGCUCCAUGCAUAUACUGUCUGGUACGAGACCUGUCCUUCCUAAAUCUGAACCGAGCUCGUGUAAGACAAUGUAGCUCGCGUGCAUUGCCACUUCGAAGAAAUAAGGAUUCCCUGUCUCGCGUCGAAUAGGCUAUCGUCAUCUCUCUCCCAUCCACGAGCAUGCAUCGUCGUUUUGGUGGAUGACAAACCAUGGAUGUCUUUCGGAGAUGCCGUGCCUAUCUCUCAGAGCGAUGGGGAUGGGUGGUAACCCUGGCUGGCUUCUGCAUCCAUUUCGUUUGCUUUGGGAUAUACUACAGCUUCAACAUCACCUUUCUAGCUCUCCAAGAAGAAUUUCAGACCACGUCUACAGCUACGUCAUGGGUGGGGACCAUUCCCAUCGGGCUUUCGACGUUGGCGGGAAUCUUCGUCAUGCCGCUCAUCUAUCGCUUCAGUAACCGAGCCAUCACCCUCCUUGGGAUUAUCCUGUGCUUCACAUCUUGCAUGGUAACUUCGUUGAUCACGAUCUUCCCUCUCAUCUACCUGACUUACAGCGUGCUCUAUGGUGUCGGCUGUGCCUGUGCGUCACUGGCAUCGAUUGAUCUUAUACUCCGGUAUUUUCCGGUUACCAACUGUACGCGUGCCACUAUGUUUGCCAUGAUUGGCAGUAGUGCAGGUAUGUUGUGUAUAGGACCUUUCACAUAUUUCCUCAUCGAGCAAUGGGGAUGGAGGAUCAUGUGGCGUGUGGUAGGAGGUCUACUGCUUGUGGUUGGUGUCGCAUCAGUUUUAGCUUUAUCCCCCCCUUCCUCACCUAUUUCAACAUCUUCGAAGGAGGGCGAUGAUGACAACAAGAAUGGAGAAAAGACUGGCAACAAGGCCAACUCGAUUCCAAACAGCGCUCGGGAGAAGUUGGAAGUAAAGGAUGACUGCACGAACCAUCGGGAAAGGCCGAAGUAUGCCCGACUCGAUGAUGAUGAUCCGACUGAGGAUGGCGGCGCAAAUAAUGAUGACAAAUGUGAAGAAUCUGGAGAAGAGAAAACGCCAUUCUUAGAGGAGAAUAUUGGGGAUGACGAAAAGAAGGUGUUCUCUUCCCUGACAAGAGACAGCUGUGACACGUGCGAUAAAUCAGUUGUCAUGGACGCCGGAAAUCUUCCUGCCCCUGCUGAUGUAGCGAGGGUAGAGGCUGAAGGGGAAGUUGAAGAAUCCGUCAAUUUUUGGACGAAGCACAGAGCAAUUUUCUAUCCGGAUGUGUGGGUCCUUGGAUGUUGCAUCAUGGGACUUGGAGUCAUGAAUUCAUUUUUCUAUAUCAACAUGGGCGACUACCUUCUCUCUGUUGGGUUUGAGAAACGAGUGGUUCCCUGGGUUGUAACAACUCUCGGCGUCACAGAAAUGGUGGGAAAAUGUUUGCUUGGUGUUAUCUCUGAUCGUCUGCCUUUCCCGAAGAUAUUUCUCUAUCUUGUAGGGAGCCUGACAGGGAUCGGCUGCAUGAUAUGUCUACUCGUCGUCCAAUCUGUCGUAUUGUUGAUAUUAUUAUCGGUUGUAAUUGGAUUGGUUGUCAUGACAAUUGCUGAUGUUCUCUCCUACUCCAUCUGCAACCAAGUUUUCCGUAACGAGGAUGCUGUCCAUACUUGGACCAUUGUCAUGGUGAUGCAAGGAAUUGGCUUCAUGGUGGCGGCCGUCUUUGGGGAAAGUAUCGAUAAAACAGGGUCAUAUAACGAGGCCAUUUAUACGAGCAUGGGGAUGUAUGCAGUCUGUGCUCUUCUAUGCGUGGCGGUUCCAAUCUACCAAAAGAUAUUUGCACGUCAUCGUUUCGUCAUGUUCGAACACCAAGCCAAAUGUCGACGCUUGAAGAAGGGCACGACGGUUAAGACGGCGGAAGAGAUGGCAGCUUCUGCAGUUUGACUCAGAAGUCGUGAUUUUCGAUAAUCAUGAGAUCUGGUGGUGUUGUCGGAAAAUUAACACGUAUAGUAAAAAAAAAAGUUACAUUUCAAUAACUUUCACCAGCUAUUUCAUUCAUUCAGGGGACGGGUAUUUCUCAUGAUUAUACACAGCAAAAACGGUGGUGUUAACCGGUGUACAUAGAGGACCACACCAGUUAUUUUACA